AUGCGUAAAGCAAUCGUGCUUGCGGCCGCCUUGGCUGUGGGACUGUCUUCAACCGCCCUGGCCCAGGACAGCGUUACCGUCGGCGUGAGCUGGUCGAAUUUCCAGGAAGAACGCUGGAAAACGGACGAAGCGGCGAUCAAGGCCGCGCUUGAGGAAGCGGGCGCCGAAUAUGUGUCGGCGGACGCCCAAUCAUCGUCCGCCAAGCAAUUGUCGGACAUUGAAAGCCUGAUUGCGCAGGGCGUCGAUGCGCUGAUCAUCCUGGCUCAGGACGCCCAGGCGAUCGGGCCCGCCGUGCAGGCGGCUGCCGACGAAGGGAUUCCCGUGGUCGGCUAUGACCGGCUGAUCGAGGAUGCGCGCGCUUUCUACCUGACCUUCGACAAUAUCGAGGUCGGGCGGAUGCAGGCGCGCGCCGUUUUCGCCGCGCAGCCCACCGGCAACUAUGUCAUGAUCAAGGGCUCGGCGCAGGACCCGAACGCAGACUUCCUGCGCGGCGGCCAGCAGGAGGUGCUGCAGGAAGCCAUCGAUGCCGGCGACAUCACCAUUGUCGGCGAGGCCUAUACGGACGGCUGGCUUCCGGCCAACGCCCAGCGCAACAUGGAGCAGAUCCUGACUGCCAACGACAACAAUGUCGAUGCGGUCGUCGCCUCCAAUGACGGAACCGCCGGCGGCGUCGUUGCCGCGCUCACCGCACAGGGCAUGGAGGGCAUUCCCGUCUCCGGCCAGGACGGCGACCAUGCGGCGCUGAACCGCGUCGCGCUCGGUACCCAGACGGUAUCGGUCUGGAAGGAUGCGCGCGAUCUGGGCCGCGCGGCCGGCGAGAUCGCCGUUGCCAUGGCCAACGGCACCGCGAUGGGCGACAUCGAGGGCGCGGCGGCGUGGACAUCGCCCGCCGGCACCGAGAUGACCGCCCGGUUCCUCGAGCCGGUUCCGGUCACCGCCGACAAUCUGACGGUGGUCGUCGAUGCGGGCUGGAUCGACCAGGCCGUGAGCGACAGCCCCGCCCUGCCGAAAGCCGCGCCCGGCAUGCGCAAUCUUGCGCGGACGCUUGAGAUCGACACCCGUCUUCUGGGCAUGAUCGGCGCAUUCAUCGCGCUGUGCCUGGUGUUCCAUUUCCUGACCGACGGGCGGUUUCUGACGCCGCGCAACAUCUUCAACCUGACCAUCCAGACCGUCUCCGUCGGCAUCAUGGCGACCGGCAUGGUGUUCGUCAUCGUCACGCGGCACAUCGAUCUUUCGGUCGGCUCGCUGCUGGCGACCUGUUCGGCGAUGAUGGCGAUGACCCAGACGCUCGUGACGCCCGAAUGGCUGGGUCUGGGCCUCAACCAUCCGCUGACGGCGCCGGCCGCGAUCGUCGUCGGGCUUGGAACCGGGAUCGUCAUCGGCGCCUUCCACGGCUGGCUGAUCGGCUAUCUGGGCAUUCCGGCCUUCAUCGUCACGCUGGGCGGGCUUCUUGUCUGGCGCAACGUCGCCUGGUAUCUGACCAACGGGCAGACGAUCGGCCCGCUCGACGGCAAUUUCCAGCUCUUCGGCGGCAUUGGCGGCACGCUGGGCGAAACCUGGAGCUGGGUCUUCGGACUGAUCUGCGCAGCGGCGGCACUCUAUGCGAUCUGGCAGUCGCGGCGCAACAAGAUCAGCCACGAUUUUCCGGUCAAACCGCUGUGGGCGGAAAUCGCGCUGGGCGCGCUCGUGACCGCCGCGAUCCUCGGCUUCAUCGCCAUCCUCAAUGCCUACCAGAUCCCGGAACGCCGGCUGGAGCGCAUGUUCGAGGCGCGCGGCGAGGUGCUGCCGGAGGGCUUCACCGCCGGAUACGGGCUGCCGAUCUCGGUGCUCUUGCUGAUCGCGGUCGCGGUAACGAUGACGAUUAUCGCCAACCGCACGCGGCUUGGCCGUUACAUCUUUGCCACCGGCGGCAAUCCGGACGCGGCUGAACUGUCGGGCAUCAACACGCGCCUCUUGACGGUUAAAGUGUUCAUCAUGAUGGGCAUUUUGUGCGCGAUCAGCGCGGUCGUCGCCUCCUCGCGCCAGACGUUCCAUUCCAACGACAUCGGCACGCUGGACGAGUUGCGCGUCAUCGCCGCCGCCGUCAUCGGCGGCACGGCGCUGGCCGGCGGGGUCGGCACGAUCUACGGGGCGAUCCUGGGUGCGCUCAUCAUGCAGUCGCUGCAAUCGGGCAUGGCGAUGGUCGGCGUCGAUGCGCCGUUCCAGAACAUCGUCGUCGGCACGGUUCUCGUCGUCGCCGUCCUGAUCGACACGAUCUACCGCAAGCGGACGGGAGACUGA